CAAAACCAAGAGAGAGAAAAAAAAAGGAGAAGUAUCUAUUUCAGCAGACUGCGAGCAAGAGAAAAAGUGGAAGAGGAGUCCUGAGAGAAGGCGACGUCCCGCUGGUCUGGGGAGAUUUCAAGGCGAAUCCAGUAAAGCAAAGUCCCCCAAACAGAGAGUGAAUGGAAAAUGCCACGUUCCUUUUUGGUGAAGAGCAAAAAGGCUCAUACCUACCACCAACACCGCUUUGUGGAAGAUGACCUGCCUGCACUCACGUGGGGUCCAGUAACCUCUGCCUUCACUGCCACAGGAGACAGGACACCAGAGGACAUCAAGAAACAGGACCUGGAAUGUGUGAUUCCAAAACAAGAAAAGGACCCACCUGAACUGAAGGAAGAAAGUGUCCCUGUCCAGUACCUGAGCAGGAUGCUGCCAGGCCCUUCAGCUCAAGAGAUGCCCAUCCCAGCUCUGCAGAUCAAGGACUGCACUAACACAACCACCCCUGCCUUCUACAAAACUGGCUUCUCUUGGGAUGCUUUCCACGUGCCAUACAGCUACCAACAGAUGUCCUCCACCAUGCAGUCAGCCCUGCUGGAGCACCCUGUUAGCCUGUAUGGGAGCCACCUCCUGCCAAGCUCCGAGCCCCCCCUGGACUACAGCAUGCACUAUUCCUCAGACAUGGAGACCUACCACUGUGUGAAGUGCAACAAGGUGUUCUCCACUCCCCAUGGACUGGAGGUCCAUGUCCGAAGGUCUCACAGUGGGACCCGGCCCUUUGCUUGUGAAGUGUGUGGCAAAACCUUUGGGCACGCUGUAAGCCUGGAGCAGCACACCAAUAUCCACUCCCAGGAAAGAAGCUUUGAGUGCAAGAUGUGUGGGAAGACAUUCAAACGUUCCUCCACCCUCUCCACUCAUCUGCUGAUCCAUUCGGACACACGGCCCUAUCCCUGCCAGUACUGUGGCAAACGCUUCCACCAGAAGUCGGAUAUGAAGAAACACACUUACAUCCACACUGGUGAGAAGCCCCACAAAUGCCAGGUCUGUGGCAAAGCCUUCAGCCAGAGCUCCAACCUCAUCACCCACAGCCGCAAACACACCGGGUUCAAACCCUUCAGCUGCGAGCUCUGUGCCAAGGGCUUCCAGCGCAAGGUGGAUCUGCGGAGGCACCGCGAGACCCAGCACAGCCUCAAGUGAGGAAGGGCUCCAGGUCUUUGCUGGAGCUCCCACUGCAGACUGUCCCCAGCAUCUCCAUCCAGUGUGGGACUCAUAUGGCACCCUGUGUUCCCCUGGGGACUGGCAAAGUCAUGUCGUUGGCUUUGGUGCUUGGCACCCCAGGGCCUUGCACGUCCCAAAGAAACCUCUGGGGGGGGGGGGUGUCUCACUUUUCAAUUACAACAGGUACCAGCCCAGACCUGACAUCACCUGCUCAAGUGCAAACCCAGAGAAAUUCCUCCAAGGUCACUGUUACUCUGGAUUGACACCAUGUGCAGAAUCCAGUUCUUUCAGGCUGCCCAGCAGUGAGGUGGGAACUCCUGGGCUGGUGGGAGCCACAAUCUGUGCCAAGCCAGUGCUAUAACCGUGUCCUGCUCCGAUGGUUGGGAAGAUAAGGCCAGGCCAUGCAAAUAGAUUGCGUUCAGUGAGCUGUGUUCAGCCUGGACAGGGCUUCUGCAGAGACUUGCCCAGGCCAUAAAUUCUGCCAACAGACACCUAAAGUCAUUUCUUUCAGCAGAGCAUUUACUGUGAUCAAAUGACAAGUUAACUGUGCUGUAUUUUUAGCUUGGAGUGGGAGGAAAAUACUGAAGAAACAGCUCCUAUCCCUAGCUGAUAACAGGGGUCUCUAAAUACAUUCCUCAGACACACCAUGCUGCAAAGAUCCCUGGCUUGGUGGCAAGCAAGCAAGCUCCAGGAAGAGCCAUGCCACAGCACUAGGCAUAAGCCCCACGUCUUGGUACCAUGGGAGAGUCUGGCUGCUUUUGGAAUCUGGGCUCUGGUAUGUCCCACAAUAUUUCAGUGCAUACCAACUUAGAGCUGUCCUGGGCAGUCCUGUGUCACUGCAUGGUCAGGACUGGCCCUUGGAUGUCGAUGCCAAGGGUCAGAAUCCUGCUUUCCAGCCCCUCUCUUAAAGGAGGAAGUGGCUGAGCCUGUACACGCUGGCAGAGUAUGCAAGUACCUUACAAAUAUUAUACAAACAGAGCAGUGGCAUUUCCUCCUUCUUCCAGGUCCAGGGGGUGAAGCAAAGCACUGGAACAAGUAAAGAACCAGUUCCCCUCCAAGCUCUGCUACAUUCUCUCUCUCUAACCUUUGGCAAGUCACUGCACUGGGCUUUUGUUUCUCCCCCCCCCUCCUGGUGACGUGGGAUCAUUCUCUCAGGUUUGUAGAGUCCCUUGAGUUCUUAACAGGAAGGACAAAGUAUUAUUAUAACACAAAUAAGGCAAGUGCUUCCACUUAAGCAGGGCACUGUAGCAGCACACAGCCCACUCCAUAACUACAUCCCUGAACACACGGCCUUGGACAAUGGCACCAGUGGGAAUUACCCUGGGAAUGGGCUGUGGCACAAACCAUUUCACUCCAAAGGUUUAUGAGGGAAGGCUGCCAUCGUGGGCAAAGACAAAUGGUCCAAGUGGAAAAUUCAUGUAUUGCCAGGAGAGAUGUCUGUCCUGCCCUCAGUUACACUGCUGUAAAUCCAAAGUUAUUCUCCUAAGACCUAAAAUGUACUUGCCCCUGUUUUAUGCUGUGCCUAAGCUGUUAGUUAUUAAUAUGCAUUCUGGAAGCUCAAAACAGAGUCUGUACUCCUGGCUUUACUUGUACACUGUAAAUAUGUAUUUAUACUUAUUCUAAUGUAUAUUUUUAUUGCUCUGUACCAGACAGUGACAACAUGUAGAGGCCUGCUGGGAUUUAUCUGAUAAAUCUGUUCCCUCUCAGUAACUGGGCUAACAGAGUGUAUUUCAUGUUCAAAAUACCCAUUUCAAGAACAGCUCAUGCUUUGCUCUGGAGAUGCAAGAGGUGGGGAUGGGGUGGAAAUGGAGAAGGGAAAGAGUAUAGUAUAAUAUACCAUACGGUUUGAGGGGAAAUAAAGAUGGACAUUCACAUGCAGAACAGGGCUGCCAUCAGGGAGACAUUCAUCCCUGGAGACAGAUUGGUGCAGAGUCCCACACAGGCCAGAGUCAGCUCUCCAGAGCAGGAGGAGCACCCCAGAUACACGGGAAUGUGUGUCCAGAUGGAACUGUCAAAGCCCCCAUUAAAUCUCUGCUGGCCUUUCCUAAGUCAUGCCAGAACCUGGUCAGGGCAGGGACUCUGGGGAAGGUGUAUAACCUGUGAUGGAACUGGUCCUGGCUGUGGCAGAGGCACACACACACACAUGUGAACACUCUCACAUAUGCACAAGCCCUGCUCAAGGUAAAGUCAUUUCAGCUUAUUAAAACCACUGCCCAAAAUGCCAACCGUGCUUGUUGUUCCCCCUGUCCUCCACAAACCUGCAAACAGAAAUAUUUAAAGAGUGUGUCAGCAUCUGAACUGCUCAGGAGCAAAUACCCUCCAGCCCCAAACCACACUGACACACCAGCACAGACUUCCCUGUGUGUGUCCUGGGGACAGCAGUGUGUCUGACUCAUGUAAAGCUCCCCAGCUUUGGCCAUUCUGGAGGCAAGUGCUGGCACACACUGACCAGCACUAUGGCAAGAGUGCCUGCAAGACCAGUCACAAAACAAAACCAGGCAGCUGGUUCUUUGGAGCCUGCUAAAGGAGGGCUGCUGCAUCCCUCAGACUUCCAUCCCUAUCUUUGGUUUCCGUGGUACAGAGGAGCAAUAACCUUCAGUGGACAGCUGGGAGCUUCUCUCCUGAGCUAUCCAGGAAUUCCUGAAGAGCAGCUACACUGGAGGAGGCAGUGUCAGCCUCAGCCUGGUAUUUGUGAGGAGCCUGGUGGGCACAACCCAGGAGAUGCAGGAACUGCUUUAGAUGGACAGGCAACAAGUGGAGAAGCAGACUGGGAUGGCUGUAGGCUGUGCUGCUGCAGAGCUGCACUCAGGAAAACAUGUCUGUGGGCAGAGCAGUGCAGGGGAUCCAGGCUGACCCCCUCCCACAGAGCAUAUCUCCAGAAGCACAGGCUGUGGAUGGAGGCCAGCUGGCAAAGGCACCAGCCAGACAGUACAGCCAGAGCCAGGAGGUGACCUGAGAAGGGAGGAGGAGGAGAGGGAAUUAACUUGAAGCGUUUUCCCAACAAGACACUACAGUUUUUUCCUCUUGAGUAAAAAGGUCCCCCUUUCAGGUCACCAGGUAAUGCUGCCUAAGCCCUGACCUUCCUUUAGGCCUAUGGAUGCCACCAGCCCAAAGGAAAAACAAGGCAGAGCCCCACAGCCCCUUGUUCACUGCAAUCCUGAUCAAGGAGAGCAAUCUCCUGAGGAAGAGGAUGGGGGGAUCUAGUCUGGCUCUGCUCUGGAGCAAACAAUUCCUCUGCAUGCCUCCCCAGGCUUUGAACACCUGCGUUCCUGAAGCUCUGGAAUGCAGGUGAAGGAGUGAGGAAGCAGAUCUGGCAUUACCCAAACCUCACCACACCAGGCUGGGGAGAGCCUUUCACUCCCAACAGGGCAUGGAGUGGGCGAAGGGCUGCCCUGAUCCUUGGAGCUACUGAAUCCACACAACGGCUAUCCAGGGAUGCUCAGCUCCUGUCAGGAUCAGGCCAUGGCUGUCACCGACUCCAAACACACAUGGCCUUGGUCUCCAAACAUAUAAAUCCUCCUCAGUUCUGACCACUCUGAUACAACCCCUUUCUCACCAUCUCCCCUCACAUCAAAAACAUUCUGGUCAGUCAAUCAAGGGAAUAGAUAACAAAAAGCAAAAUCUCAACUAAUCUUUGUGGCUGAAGAAAGAGCUGAUUGUUUUUGCCUCCCUGUGAGCCCGCCCUGUAUCCUGCACUUCCCCAGUGCUCUUCACACCUUCUUCCUUUUAUUGAAAAUCCUGGUCUUUGGGCUGUUUUGUCUAGCAAAUGAGGCACAUGCAAAGCAGUAACCUCGGGUGUCUGUCAGGAGGAGAGAGGUGCCUCUGAGUCUUCCAGACAGCCUUCAGGCACUGAGAGCAGCAGCCCAGAAGAUCUGUGAUCAGGGGUGGAUUUCAGUUUGGACACGGGUUGCAUCUUUCUCUUCCUAAUGAAGACAGAGUCAUGGGACACCUGCAGGAAGCAGAGCUGUGUUCCCAGCUAGCACAGCAUUAGGCUGGAGCUUAUUUUCAGGUUGUAUCAACCUCAUGGAGUGGAAUCCUGGAGAAGGCAGAAACCUGAAGCUUUCAUGUUGUGUUGGCAAUGACUAGGGAAGGCCUUAAAAGAACUGAGAGGAAGGACAGGUUAAAAUAAGACUCCAGUUGGGUAUAGGUUCUGUUGGAGGAAGAAGGUUAUUUGUUGAACCAAGUUGCUUCCCGCCUUAGACUUCACGAGAAAGUGUUUUCAGUGAAAAAAAGAUAAGAGCAGAGUCCCUUGUCCUCAUGGCAGGUUGUUCCUGAAGCUGUAGGUGAUGGAGGCACACCAGCAGGUUAAUUCCAGCCCAUCAGCACAGCACACAAGGAGAAACCUGAAGGCAUUAGGCAAUCUCACAGAAAUAGCUGCACACACACGUUUCCUUGUGCAGGGAAACGUUCCUGCCUGUCAUUAAGGGCCUAACCUGGGAAUGGAUGUGGAGCUCAACCUGCAAAGCUGCUACAGAAAAAAAGAGUACAUCAUAAACCAAUUUUUAACACUUAUUCUGCUCACAAAACACAGAAGUUUUUGCCCUUUCCCCCCUGGAAUAGCACAUCCACACAGAGGAGACAACCCAGAACAGCCACACCAAAAUUCUCCAAGGAUAGUUCAAUCAGUCAGUGGCCUCUAUGCUGGGUAAGACCUAAGAAAACACAGAUCCUGACCCACCAUCUUACAACUAACAGUCACCAUGGACACACACUGGUCUUGAGGCUGCAGCUCCAAACUUGAGAUGUGCCACACGUUUCCUGUAUGACUUGGGGCAAGACACGAGCACUGGAUUUCUGAAGUUGUUCAGCACACUAUGGAGCCCUCAGAAAGCUUCACCCCAUCUGUGAGAGGAGGAUAAUAAUUCCCCCUCUCCCUUUCACUUCACUUGUUUAUUUCAACAGUGAGAUAUCAGGAAGGAGACUGCACCUCCUUAUCUUCCACAUCCAGCACCUCACACAAUGGAGCUUGAUCUGGGCUGGGACACCGGAGUGUGACUGUGAUAAUGAGUGAUAGAAACUUAAUUCAGCAAAGCACCCUAAUUCCAUGGCUUAGGAAACCUCCAACAGGCACAGUGAGACCUGCAUUAAAACCACUCAACUCUAGGUGAGCAGAGGAACAGGGCGAGCAGCAACACAGAGAGGAUAAACCAGGCAUGAAUUCCACUGGUGAAUAAUAUUCCAGGGAGAGAGACAGAGCUGGAUAUGGAUGCUCUAAAAAUCCUGCUCAGUGCUCUCAUUUUAAAUGUGUUGCUUCAACACGAGCACUUCUCAAUCAGGUCCUGGGGCUGAGUUUGACCUGUUGGCCCGAGGGUGAUCAGUGUUCACUGUACCAGACAGCAAGGCAGGCAGAGAGCAGAGAGUCCCCAGGAAUGGGGAAAUCUGAGGCUGGGGAGGAGCUGAGUUUUGCACUGAGCUCAGCUUUGGUCUGAUAAGUUUAUCAAGCACUGCCGGCUGCUAACUGUCAGCCGGGGAAGAGAGCCUGUUAGGGAGGAGGAACAGCUCCCAGGGCAAGAUAGGACAGCCCAGGCCUUAUCAGAGUGCCUGAGCCAAAGAGGGAACUGGAGAGUGAGCACUUUCCAACCACUUCAUCUGAACAACAGACAGAUUGGCAGGAAAGGCCUGUCAGCCCUUCGCUCCUGCCACCCAGGCACCGGCAGGGAGCCCCCAUCCAUGCAAAUAACCUGGGAAGUGCAGCAGGAGAGCUGCAAAUGUGGCCAUUGGGGCCCAGGGGAGUGAAGGGGGUAGGUUUUCUUAGUAGCAUUGCCCAGGAGGAGGGUCAGAUUUACAGCAAACAAUCCAGAUGCUUGCUGAGCAAGCUGCUCCUCUUCACUGCCCAGAGCAGCAGUUCUCCUCCAUGCUGCUAUCCCUAGGUUUGGGAGCAGGAUCUACCACUUGGGAAUUGCACUGGUCACUAAGGGUUGGUGUACAGCUAAUUGCUCUGUUUCUGAAAAAUAGUAAAAACCCCUGAAUGAAUAGAAGAGGGUAAAACCUGACCGUUCCCAUCUGAGCUGCAAGAGCAUGGGCCAGCAAAUACUACUUCACAUCUACUCCUAGGGUGGCAAUAAUCAGAUCAAUAAAGCUGAAGAUCACAGCAGGGAGACUCUCUUGUGUUUGGAUGAGCUCCCUUGGACCUGUGCAAGCUCUGUCCACGUACCCCAGCCAUGACAGGGAGGUAAUAAGAGAUUCCUGCAGGGCACAUCCUCUGCUUGGUUUCCCUGAUGAGGUUGGGCCUUGCAGGAUAGAACCAGUGUCACAUCAGCAGCUUCAACACACGUGUUUCUUCAGCCCAUCAGACCUGUUAUCAGGUCACUGCUCAUCCAGACCAUAUGGACAGCCAUCAUCCUGCAUCCCACUCACUUCUGGUUCAAACUGGUGUCUUGGAUCCUGCCUAUUUUACUGAGAGCUGGCCCCAGUGCAAGCCCUGAGCCUGUGCUGGGAGGGUGUGUUCAUCCUUGGCUGCCUGGGUUCGAGUGCUGUCCCAGGCUCUCCAUGGGAUAUGAAGCAGGAAAUCUGCAGCAGCACCAUAGGUCAGGAGAUCUCCAAUGUGAACUAGUGACUCAAAAGCUCCCUUUUUGGUAAGUAACAUGUCUAGGAAGUGAUUUACCUCCUCCUAAAGCACAUACCUAAACCAGGACCAAAGUUCUGCCUUCUAUGCACAUACUUCUCUCCCUGGAGAGAAAGGGAGCUGAGUAUCCAAAGGCAUCUGAAGUUACAUGAGAUGAGUCACACCCCUGUGGUUUCUGCACCACUCUCAGGCCAAGUUUCUCACAGCUGAUUCUGUUCCAACUCAUAAUCUACUAUUCUCCAGAUCAUGAGCAACCCCUAAGUCAUCAAAGGCUCCUCAGCAAGCCCUAAGUACAACGGCCACAUUCAGCACCAGCCAACACAACUCUGAGGUUCAAGGCUUCCUCAUGAGGAAUUAGGGGUUUAAAACCCUUCCCCAUUGAUUCUGCCUCUUGAAUAAUUUUAAAGCAACGGGACUUUAUCUUACAUCCCAGGCUCCUCUAUAUUAGGAGCUUUGGUGGGAUUUUUGGCAGUGGUCAAGUCCUCUGGUUUCUCUUUAUAAAAUAGAAGUUAUCUCUUGUCUCAGUUGAGGAAGGGGAAGUCAGAAAUGACAGAGCAUUCCUGCUCCUGAAAGGGCCCCAUCCUGAGAGUGUGGACAUGGUAAACCAGUGUGUCAGUCAGACAUCCCUGCCACAGCUCCUUAUUUAGAUCCAUCCUGGAAUAGCUUGACUGUAAAUCAAUCAAGCUCAGUGGACAUUCAGGUGUGGCAGCACCUGAAAAAGAGAGUCCAGAAACUGCAGCUGCCUUUUCUGAUAUUGUGGCAUCAUGGAGAAAGCUACAUAUGACACUCAGAACUCAAAGGAGGGUUGUGUUCCUGGCUUUGACCUGUCACUGAUCUCAGCCAGUCACCGUCCCCUCCCUGUGUCUCAGACUUCCCCUUUUGCAAAGUGAGGAUAAAAACAUGGACAUGCUUUGAGAUCUACAGAUCAGAGCAAGGUAGAAUUCCUCCACAUGUGCAGUAAUUCACUGGAGUGGCAUUGUGCAAAUCCCACAGAAAAUUCAUAAAGCAUCAAAGUGACAUCGGGAUCUGCCAGCCUGCAUUGUUCACUUUAAAAUAUUUGCCCAAAUUUGAGAGGGACAACUAGAAAUGGAACUCAGGUCAGCUGGACUUUCAGUCUUGUUUGUUAACCACCUUUCCAUCUUACCUCCUUGAAGUACAACUAAGUAGAACAACCCAAGUUAAAACUCUGAUCUUAGGAAAAGUAUCAUGUGCUCUUGGUAAGAUUUUAUUUUUGAAUUCUGGAAGAUACUUAUAAAAAUAUGCAAAAAAACCUCAUUUCCUAGUGUUUUAAAUAAAGGCUAACAGAGCUAACAGAGCAGAAGACCUAAUCAAGAGUCAGCAAGACUAAUGAUACCUUGCAUUUCAAUAGCUCAUACUGCCUAAAGAUUUCAAAAUGGCAAAGAUGGAAACACCUUAUCCCUGUUUUACUGCAAGGAAACCAAGAGAGAGAAUGUAACUCAAGGUCAUACAAAGAGAGAGUAAAAGACCUAAAAAAUGAACCAAGGCAUUUUAGGCCCCAGCCUAAAUGUUAGGCAGUGGGCAGAAUUCAGACCUGUUGCAGCUGCAUAAGUUGUACCAGUGGAAUUUGGUACGUUCUCUCCAAAAAGAGGCAAGUGAGUGUCUUGGAGCCCUGGCACAUCUUUGCUCACACUAUACCUUGUUACUGCAAGUCUGGAAUAAGUCACUACAUACCAUUACCUGCCCCAAGACAAAUUCCUAUUUUCUUAGCUCUGUGUUCCCCCUGAAGUGGGCACAACAUCCAACAGACAGCAGGAUUUAGCCCCCAGCCUGAAAGUUCUCACAGCGUCAUCCUUAGUUUUGCAGGAGAUACAACACAAACCUUGUGGUUAUCAGGAACAGUAGUUUAUAUUUUUGAGGUGCCACCUCCUCACCCCCAUUUCCUCAAUCCCAAAGUCCCCAGCAAUCUUAGCUCGGAAGGGAAUGUGACUCAGGCCUUCAACUGAAGGGCUGUCAAGUGCAAACCCUGAGGGCUGGAUGUGGCCGUGGUUUUAUCACUGGCCACCAGCUGCCUCUACAGCUCCUGCCUCCUCCCCAAUGAUUCAGCAAAUCUUCUUCAGGCAGAAAAACAAGCACCCAAGUGAACAAAUCACAAUGUCAGAUUACAAAGAUGAGCAGGGGGAAAAGCUGUGGCUCAGAGGAGGGAGAUAAAAGCUGGUGAAGUUGCACAAGCCAAGGAUGAAAAUACCCAGGAAAGAGUUUUGGGCUGGUUUUUUUUCAGAGGAGGGCAAUAAUAAUGUGAAAAAAAGGUUGCAAUUUGGAUCCUUUACACUGUGAAGCAUGGCUAAGAAUAAAAGAGGACACAAUGGGGAAGGAAAUGAAGCAUAUUCUGCCCUCUACUAUCUGGGCAUUGCACAGGUCUGAUAGGAACUUUUACUGGUAAUGAUGAGAACUGAAUAGUUCAUUCUGGUUUAUACUGGAACAAAGUUCCACUAAUCAAAUUAUUUUCAGAAGGAGUUUCUGCCCUCAGUAACCAAGACUUCCCAUAGUCUGGAAGCCCAUUUUCAGGCACUUUGAACAUCACUGUUCCUGGAAAAAAAAAGUUCUGCAAGUCAUUUGGUAUCCAAGACAUAGCAGAGGGCAGUUAAAAAUACUAUUUUAAUUUCAGACAGUUUUGUCCACUGUGUUGUAUUUUUGUAUUACAGCCCUUUUCCAUAAAUAUUUUGUUCCCUGCUGUAGCCACUCCUGAGGUGAAACAACAUCAGCUUAACAGCUCAUGGUGCACAGUCUAUAGAAUAGAAAGCGAAGAAGAAACUUCAGCCAGACCUUAGAUAGGAGAUGUAAUAUUCCACUAAUGGCAUUCCACUCCACUCUUAUCACCAUGUUCCAAUAUUUAAAGGGUGGCUACAGAAAAGAUGGAGAUUCCCUUUUUUACAUGGAGUCACAUGGAAAAGAGGAGGGGCAAUGGGUACAAGUUGCUCCUGGGGAGAUUCUGGUUGAAUACCAGAGAACAAUUUUUCACAGUGAGAGCAAUCAGCCCCUGGAAUAAUCUCCCCUAGAAAGUGGUGGAUUCCCCCACAUUGGACAAUUAAAGGAUUCAGCUGGACAGGGUGCUGGGCUGUCUUGUCUAGACCGUGCUCUUGCCAAGGAAGGUUGGACCAGAUGACCCUUGAGAUCACUUACAACCUGGUAUUCUGUGAUCCCAUUAAAACGUGGUACUGCUGCACCCUACAGGCUGAAAACAGUGAAUAUACAGUUCUUUUAUUAUUAAUCACAAUAUCUAAGGCAGGCUUACGGCUUUGUGGAGGGAGGCUGCCUCAAGGCUCCUGGGUAUUUGGAGCUGGUUCUGUUUCUACCCCACCCCAGAGCUCUGACAGGAUGAACACACCCAGUUCCCACCCUGCUGGGAUGAGCGGGAGGAACAGCAGCGGCUGUAACUCCAACACACAAACACACACACACACAGAGGUGCCACCAACCCUGACUCAAGGACUCCAUGGCAGGGGGGACACAGGCUCAGCUGUGCUGGAGAUGUCCUGAAAAGCCUGGCUGGAUACUCAUGGGAAAUUUGGAGCUCAGGGAUGGAGGGAAGAUUGGUUGCAUGGGCAGGAGGUGGGAUGGAGGCCUUCACCUGUUUAAGCUGCUGCCUUCUUCUGUUUUAUCCUUCUUGAUUUGGCACAACAGAGGAUUUGCCAGGUGAGGGGCCCUGGUGACGUGGUGAAGGUGACUGCCUGGACUGCCUCUCCCAGCACACAUCACACACUGUGGGGUGCAACAAGCCCAGCUUUCUGCCACGAGUCGAUGCCACAUGUUCCUGUGCCCACACUCACCUGACUUGUGCCCUGCCAGCUCCAAUUGGUUUUGCCAGAAGAACAAUCUGGGAGAUCUCCCACAAGAAACAUCUUUCAUUUUCUCACUGUUGUCCUUCAUCUGCACUUUUUUAAAGGGGAAAAAAAAAUAACUGCAUUUCCCUCUUGCUUUGCCUGUUGAUACAGAGGUUGGGCCAAAGUUAAACCAAGCCAUUGGCUACUCAGCUGAGUCCCUUCCCUAAGGCCAUGUGUGCCAUUGGCAGAAGGCAAAUCUGAUCCUUUUGCUGCUCCUUAGGGAGGGAUAUGCCAAUCCCCAGGUGUCUGCUGAGAACCUGAUUGGCCUCAGCAGGGCCUGUUGCCCACACAAUGCCAUCUUUGUGAACUUUGAUGAUGGAGAAAUCCCAACUGAACCACUGGAUGCUGCUGUACAGACCUGGGAGGAAGUGUGCAACAAUCCUGUGAAUAAACAGGUCUCUACAUUUUCAUAAUUCCUGGCUAAUGAGCCCUCUAGCAAGCUCAACAACCUCCCAAGAGUGAGGCCAGAAUCCAAACCAGUUGGUAAUACACCAGACAAGAAGAAGAAGAGGAAGAAGAAGAGAGGAGAAGUUCCAUUCUCAAGCCUCUCUGUGUGUGGGUUGUUUGACCAUGAUGAUGGCCAUGUGGAAAACAGAAAAGGUACCUGAGGAGGUUUGGCCUCCAGCCCACAAAAGCAGCACCUGCAGGGCUCUCACACAGCAAUGCCA